AAAAAAGUACAAUAGAUUUUAGCAGAGAUAAAACCGUGGGCCUAAGGAACGGUUUCUAUUCUUGUAGUUCUAAGGGCAUAGGGUUAGGUUUUGGGCUGUUGACCGAAUUUCAGUUGGCAAUUAAUUGAUUUUUUAAAUUUUCUUUACCUUGCUUUUUUAAUUUUGGCGUAAGUUCGAUUAUAUCGAAUUCCACAAUCGAUUUUUUUAACUCUUGACGGUCUGUAAUUUUUAACAUUUGGGUUUUUUUUUCCUGUUCCAAGAGAAUUGGGCUGUAACGAGUUUCUCUCUUUUUUAUAAUUACUUUAAUUGCCCAUUUGGGUCAUUCUCGCCCACUUCCUAUAAUUUGAUUUAGUUUUUUCAAUACUUUUAUCCUCAUAUUAAUCACAAUACAAGUAUUCAUUAAUUGCUUAGAGGGGUAGGAUUUUUUUCCUUGAUUUUUACAAAAACACCACAUCUACUGUCAAUUAGGUUGGAUCCAGGGCCUGUCAAGGGUAAAUAAAUUCAUAUACUGUAAAGGGUUAGUGGAGAUACUGAAAAGGGGAUUUCGUUGAGCCCAAUUGGUUUUCUGAAGAGAUUUUGAAGCCAAGUUGUUUUGAAUUGAGCUCAGAAGUUAUAGAAUGGCUCAGGAAGUAAUAACGAUUUGCAGAAGAGGAAGAGAAUGUGCACAUUCAAAAGAUGGUGAGAUAAAGCAGAUAUGAUGAGAGCUAUACAAGUGAGCUUGAUGGCAUACAAUUGGCCUAGCAACAGAGAGUGAAAUCAAAGGUGUUUGAUAACAGUGGAACAAAGAGGUACCAUUGUGUUCAAUGUCAUGAACUAUGGCCAGCUUUCAGAUUUGAAGAGAAUUAUUGAUGCUAUUGCUAGAUAAGUGAGGAUGGGGAGCGGAUAUUUUGAAGCUGGCACAAAUGAGGAUGAAAAGCAUAGACUAGUAGAUCCUGCUAGUUGCUCACCUCAGGUAUCUUUUACAUUGAAAAGGGCUCGCAGUGAUGCAAAUGCCAAUUCAGGAACUUGCCCUCCACAGCAGAGUCAGACACAUGCAGAUUGUAGCAGUGGUGAUGAAGUGAAGUUUACCAGGGCUCUCAGACGUAGGCCUUGGAUUAACUAUGGAAAAUUUGAUAUGAGCUCGGAUGAUGAUUCGGAUUGUCAGCAAUCUUUCCAGGCUCGUUCUUCAAAGACCAAUCUACCAAAGGGGGUCAUCCGUGGAUGCUCAAGAUGCAGUGACUGCCAGAAGGUUACAGCACGAUGGCAUCCUGAAGAUGGAUGCAGGCCUGUGAUAGAUGAAGCACCUGUGUUUUACCCCAAUGAAGAGGAGUUCAAGGAUACUCUGAAAUACAUUGCCAGCAUCCGUGCAUUAGCUGAACCACAUGGGAUUUGUCGCAUAGUCCCUCCCCCUUCAUGGAAACCUCCAUGCCCCCUUAGGGAUACGGAUAAAUGGAAAAGUGCAAAGUUCCCUACUCGAGUUCAAGAAAUUCACAAGCUUCAAAUUAGGAAAUCUGUGAGCAAGAAGUUUAGAAAUGCAAAUGGUGGAAGGCGUAAGAGGAGGAGGAAUUCAAGGAGAGGUAGGUCUUGUGGACGUGGUCAACAAUGUCACACUGGAGCUGAUGGAGAACUAUUGGUCUCUGAUGAAGAAAGCAGGUUUGGAUUUGAUUCUGGAUCGGAGUUUACGUUAGAAGCCUAUGAGAGGUAUGCGAAUGAAUUUAAAGAACAGUAUUUUGGAAUUCGAGAGAUGAAUGGAAAUUUAGAUUCCACAGUGUUGGGUGAGUCCAAAACUAAGUGGGAGCCAUCUGUGGAGAAUAUUGAAGGUGAAUAUUGGCGUGUUAUUGAGAAACCAACUGAUCAAAUAGAGGUUUUAUAUGGUGCAGAUGUUGAAACUGGGACUUUUGGAAGUGGAUUUCCAAAAUCUACUUCUGGAACUCAAUCAAGUGAUGCAGAUCCUUAUGUCGAAUCAGGCUGGAAUUUGAAUAACUUUGCGCGGCUCCCAGGAUCAGUUCUAUCAUAUGAAGGAGGGGAUAUAUCAGGAGUGUUAGUCCCCUGGCUUUACCUUGGAAUGUGCUUUUCAUCCUUUUGCUGGCAUGUGGAGGACCAUCAUUUCUACUCAUUGAAUUAUAUGCACUGGGGUGCUCCCAAGGUGUGGUAUGGUGUUCCAGGGAGUGCAGCUGUACAGUUGGAACAGGCAAUGAGAAAGCAUUUACCACAUUUGUUUGAUGAACAACCAGAUUUGUUGCACAAAUUGGUAACUCAACUGUCUCCUACGGUUUUGAGAGUAGAGGGUGUACCUGUUUAUAGGUCUAUUCAAAAUUCUGGGGAGUUUGUACUUACAUUCCCCCGAGCAUACCAUGCUGGAUUUAACUGUGGUUUUAAUUGUGCUGAGGCUGUUAAUGUGGCUCCAAUUGACUGGUUACCACAUGGGCAGAGUGCAGUGGAGCUUUAUCGUGAUCAGUGUCGCAAGACAUCUGUAUCACAUGAUAAAUUACUGUUAGGGGCAUCAAGGGAGGCAGUGAGAUCCCUUUGGGAGCUCCUAAUAUUGAGAAAAGGUAAUUUGUCGAAUUCAGAUUGGCAAAGCUUUUGCGGUGAAGAUGGUAUACUAACAAAGGCUAUAAAGACACGUGUUGAAAUGGAGCGUGCUAGACGAGUCUAUCUUGCGAAUCCUGCAAGGGCAAGGAAAAUGGAUCGUAAUUUUGAUGCAAUAAAGGAAAGAGAAUGUCUUUCGUGUUAUUAUGAUCUGCACCUUUCAGCUGUAGGUUGUGAAUGCUGUCCAGAUCGAUUUGCAUGUUUGGAACAUGCAAAGCAAAUGUGUAAAUGUGCUUGGGACAGAAGGUUCUUUCUUUAUCGGUAUGAUGCCACAGAAUUAGAUACACUUGUUGAAGCUUUAGGAGGAAAGUUGAAUGCCAUUUACAGAUGGGCCACUGUGGAUUUGGGAUUAUCUUUGAGCUCUUGUGUAGGAUAUCCAAACUUACAAUCUGGUUUUCAGCUUACAGCAGAGUCUCUUUAUGUUAAUUCUACACAAAGUAAGAUGGAUACUAAUUCUUUGUUGGAAUCUAAGACGCCAUUUAUUAGUAUGUUAAAUUUGGCAUCUGGAUCCAAUGCUGGAAAAAUAAUCUCUUCAGCCAUGCAGCAUCAGAACAACAAAUUAACUGGCUCUGCAGCAUUAGUUGGAGACAUUGACUGCCCAAGAGAAAAACAUGAAAGUAAGAUGCCCCUGGGUUUCACAGGUAAAGAUACACUGCUGGCACGGGCUCCUCAGACCAAUGCUGAAGAUGUGAUGUUGUCUUCGGCUGUGCAACAUCAGGACAGUAAAUCAGCUGGCUUAACAUCAGCAAUGGUUGAUGAAAAUCACAGUACAGAGGCCAAAACUAAAAGUGAGAAUCCCAUGGAACUUACCUUGAGAGAUAAAAUCCCAGACAUAAACAAGCCAUUCAGUUUUGAAGAGAAUGAUCUCUUUAAUAAACCAGAACUAAUAUUGCAAGCUAGGACUAUUUCUAAUGAAGAUACACCUUGUAAUUUUUUUUCGUGCAAAUCAGAUAAUAGUAAAAUUCCUUUUUCUUGUGAAAGUAAGAUUGAAGGAAAUUGCUCAAGCUACAGUAAACAGUGGCCAUUUAUAAACGCAAAAGAUGAAAAUACUCAUUAUGAUCAGCUCAAUGGACCUACAUCAAAGUCUCAUAUGAAAUUUGUGGCAAGUUUUAAUGGAAUCAGGGCUACAGAUAAUCAAGGGCAGUAUGAACCUGAAGCUAGCCUUAGAGGGCAAGGUUCAACUUCUUUAAAUGAUGUUGAAUGCAUACUUCUCAGUGAUGAUGAAGAAGGUACUGAAAAAUCUAUUGUCAUGGAAAAAAGGGCUAAGGUCAUGCAAGAUCAUCUCAGUGCAGGAAUACCUGAAAAUGCAAUCAGCUCUGGUAGGGCGGCUGUGCGUAAUCUAGCCACAGAAAAGGUUUCUUACAGAGCAAUACAUGAUGAAUUUGAAACAAUAGGACAAACAAAUGAGGGAAACAAGAUUUCCAUGCUUGGAAUGGAACAAGGUGUUGAAAACAUCAAAGAAUGUUUAAGAGAUGAAAGCCAUGCCAAACAAUUUGACUUAAUAAGAGAAACAGAUUUCUCUGACAAAUCAAGUAAGAGAAGCCAUGCAAGUAAGCUUUUACCCUUACUUGACAAUUCUUUAAUUCAGAUGGGCGCUCCAAAUAAAUUUCACACAGCUCAAGGUUUAUUAUGUGAAGGAAGUGAUAUACAUCCAAGAUAUCCCAUAAAAUCAAAAGUUACUGAAAGAAUAGCUGUAUCUGGGAAUAUCCAUCCUAUUCAGCAAUAUACUAGUACAGCUGCAGGCAACAAUGAUAUGAAUGCAGUUUCAGGAUUUGACUUUUCUUGGAAUCACAUGACAAAUGAGAGAAAGGUGCAGUCUUUCUUGGUAUCCAGUUCUUCUGAUGCGGCAGCAAAUUCAACAAAGAUAAUUCAGAAUAAGGGUCCUCGCAUUGCAAGGGUUGUUCGUGCACAGAAGUGUAGUUAUGAAGUUGAAGUCAUGGAUCUUGGAGUUAUGCGUCCCUUCAAGUCUUGGUACAAUAGCCAGGUUAUAUUUCCCAAAGGGUUCAAAAGCCGGGUGAGAUUUCAUAGUGUUUUAGAUCCAACACAAAUGUGCAAUUACAUUUCAGAAGUUCUAGAUGCGGGGCUAGUUGGACCUCUAUUCAAGGUUAUAGUAGAAGGACGCCCAACAGAGGUUUUCAUACACGUUACAGUUGAUAAGUGCUGGGAACUUGUGCAAGAGAGAUUAAAUCAAGAAAUCAGAAGACAGCGCAGUCUUGGCAAACAGAAUCUUCCUCCUUUGCAACCCCCUGGGAGCCUAAAUGGUCUUGAAAUGUUUGGUUUUGCAUCACCUUCAAUAAUUCAGGCGAUUGAGGAUCUUGAUCGUGAUCACAAAUGUUUGGAGUAUUGGGCUACACAGUCAACGAGAGGAAUCAAGACUUAUCCUUCUGAGAAGACAGAUGUUACUGAGGAACGAAACAAGGGUUUUAAUUCGGGAAUUGGAAAAGAUUGUAGUCCUGUAGUGUUGAAGAAUUUGCUUGGGACAAUCAAUAAUUACCAUGAGACAAGUACAGAUAAUCAGUACCAAGGGCAAUUAGAGACUCAAAAUCUUGUGUCAACUGAGAAGGUACAUACAGUGCUCAAGGGUUUGUUCAAAAAAGCAAGUCCAGAUGAGCUGUGGACACUGCAUAAAGUUUUAAGCAGCCAAUCAUGGAACUCCAAUUGGAAGGCAGCUUUUACGGCUCUAGUGGAAGAACUUCAAAACUUGUGAAUAAAAAAGAAGGCUAAUUCUGGGCUCCUGACAUUUUUGGUGGAGCACCCAAAAAGUUAAUUUUCUUUGUACAUCUUACCACAUUCUUUCUUCCAACCGUAGGCCACAUGCUAGUUCAUAGAAUAGCAUUUUGAAUACUAGUUCUCCUCAAAUGACACCUGUAUUCAUUACUGGGUGCCUUUCCUGGUGCGUUAUGCUGAAGCAGAAUGUGCCUGGGGAGAAUUCUAAUCAAUUCAAAAAGAGGUUGGUUAAUUGUAUUAUAUCGAAACAUUUAGCAGUAACACAAGCCAGCGGUGUGCCUACUGGAAUUGUAAAGGAGCCUAUCUACCUAACCCAUACUGAUGCACCAUUCAAAGCCAUAAAUGCUUGGCACAUGCUUUUAAAGGGACAACUGUUUUAGAUGUGAUAUUAAAUACUAACUACAAUCCCAACAGUGUCACUUUUGACGCCUUUAAAUGAUAAACCUAAAAUAGAAACAAAAAAUAAUUGUACAGUAUACAAUCAAUGAAAGAAAUAUUCUUCCUUUUGUUA